AUGGACGCGCGCUUCUCGCGCCAGGACGCCACGGCCAGCGGACUGCCGACGCGGCAUAACCCGGGAUGUUCAGGAUUCGACAACAACCCGCACUUCUCGCUGCGCGUAUCGCGUCCAACCGAGGUCAUCAUCACUGUAACGCAGGUGGACUCACGCGGCAUGGCGCCCGUGACGGUGCUACCCAUUGCAGUGUACGUCGUCGCGCACCAGGACCAGAAAGAUCGGGCCAGGCGAGUCACAGUGCUGAACCAGGACAACGUCACAGCACACAGCGGCGUACCCGCGCGGAACCGAGAGGUGCGCGUGCACUGCGAGCUGGCCGCGCGCACGUACACGCUGCUGGUGGCCGCGUACGUCAGCGGCAUGGAGGGUCCAUUCCGCGUGCACGUGCAGAGCAACUACCCCGUGGAGCUGCAGCAGUUGUGGCCUGCGGCCUGGAAGACUGGCAACGGCACGAUGACCACCACGCCGCCAGGGACGCGGAUGGCCGAGAAGGUGAAGCAGACGGUGGCCGAGUCCGCGACGGGGGCCAAGAUCCUGGCCAAGACGCACGAGCUGGCGGACAAGAUCGCGGCGGGCGCGGCCAUCGUCGACAGCGCCAUGAGAGACGAGGAGAGCAUCUUGCAGGAGCAGCUCGCCAAGCAGCAGCAGGAGGAGGCUGAGGAGGCCGAACGAGAGCAGACCCGACUCACGGGCAAGAAGAAGAAGAAGAAGAAGAAGAAGCAGACCGACCCGGACGCGCCGCAGCCGAGCGCGUGGAUCGAGCAAUGGGACGAAGGCACCGGCAAGCCCUUCUACUUCAACAAGAAGACGGGCAUGUCCUCCUGGGAGAAACCCGACGAAUUCUAG